UACUGUAUCCACCGAUUGCUACAAUGAGGCUGGAGUUAUGUGUUACCAAACAUUGAAUAGUACAGUUAGAACUGUCAAUGGUAGUUCUCCAGAUGAGGGACUAGUAGAGGUUCUGGUCAAUGACCAAUGGCGACGUGUAUGCAGUAAUGAUUGGGGCAAAUCUGACGCUAGUGUGGCAUGCAGAGAUCUUGGAUAUUCUGGAGGAUUUCCAGUAUCAAUACCGACUCUUGGAAAGAUACAGAAAAAUACCUGGUUCUUAGACAGCAUGAGUUGUAAUGGAAAUGAGGAUUCCUUGUUAGAAUGUGCCAGAUCAGGAUCCAACAGUUGUAACUUAGCGGGAGUUAUAUGUUACUGCACUAUAAAAGGCAGAGUUAGAAUUGUUAAUGGCAGCUUUCCAGAUGAAGGUCGUGUUGAGGUUCUGGUUUAUGACCGAUGGCGAAAAGUAUGCAGUACUAACUGGGACAAAAAUGACGCAGAUGUUACAUGUCGGAGUCUGGGGUUUUUUGGAGGUGCUCCAGUGUCAUUGCCAGCUGUAGAAAAGAGGAAUAAAACCAUUUGGUUCUUAGAUGGCAUGAAUUGUAAUGGAGAUGAGGAAUCUUUGUUCGAAUGUGCAGCCCGAGGAUCCAUUACUUGUAAUUCUGGUCGAGAGGCGGGAGUUAUUUGUUAUAACCAGACAGUAAAUGGCACUGUCAGAAUUGUUAAUGGCAGCUCUCCAAAUGAGGGUGUAGUUGAGGUUUUGAAGAAUCACCGGUGGCGAAAUGUAUAUGAGGCAGGAUGGAAUAAAAAUGACGCUGAUGUGACAUGUAAAAGUUUUGGGUAUUCAGGAGGUUUUCCGGUUUCAUCGCUGCUGUUUGUAGACAAUAAGGAAGAUGCGUUAAUGCUGGGUGCCAUGAACUGUGUUGGAGAUGAAGAUUCUUUAUUAAAGUGUCCUAGAUCUAUCACACUAUCCAGUACCUAUUACGUUGGUGGAAAGGCCGCAGUAGUGUGCUACCAUACAGAAAAUGACACGAUUAAAUAUGUUAUUGAAAACACUGCACAAGAGAAGAGUAUAAUUAUGCCUAAGAUAUAUAUAAAUGGCACUUGGAGAGUAUUAUGUCGGCGCAGUUGGGAUGUAUCAAAUGCAAAUGUUAUUUGUAGAAGUCUUGGUUACCCUGGAUAUCAAGCUUUGUUACGCAAUUGGACACAUGGUAGUUCCUUUGGUAAACCUUUGGUGAACAGUAUUUGGUGCAAUAGUUGGGAAAAGAUGAUAACACAGUGUGGAUCCGGCCUAUACAGUCCAGAAGACUGCAGUUCAAAUGGUGGUGUCGUAAUUGAAUGUCAUUUGAGUUCUAAAAAUAUGAUUAGACUUGUUAAUGGAAGUACAAGUAACGAAGGGCGUGUAGAGGUGUUUAAUAACGGGAGAUGGGGCACUGUGUGCGAUGACGACUGGGACGACAAAGAUGCACGUGUCGUGUGCAGAACUCUUGGAUAUUCAGGAAACUCUACUGCACACAGAAGAGCCUAUUUUGGAAGAGGGUCGGGAACGUAUUGGUUACGUAACGUCGCUUGUCAAGGGACAGAGACGUCGAUCUUCGAUUGUAUUUACAGUAGAUAUUAUAGCUACUGGCCUUGCAGUCACUCUAAUGAUGCUGGUGUAACGUGCAAAUAAUUUGCUAAAUGUAUA